AUGGUCGUAACGAUCUACCGGCAANACACGAACGACUUCAGUCACUACAAAUCUUUGACAGAUGUUGUCAAAGCACCUGUGCUUAGUGACGAUCUCGAUUAUCAACGUCAUGAAUUUCAACAUCAACACGAAACAGAAAUCCGUGAUUUCAUUUCUAAUACUGAUAUUCAGAUUCACUCAUUGAAAAAACACGCACUAGCAACGUACGAGUUGUACAAACGAGGCGGUCUCGAUUAUAUGAUUCGAGAUAAUUAUCGGGUAAAGGAUCAUUUGGAACAUUUGAUGACUCAAGCGACAACCUUUCAAGAUUGGGCAGUUAUUCGUUUUGUAUCGAGCUUAUUACGGAAGAUGGUUGACAGUUUAGCGCCAGCAGUUACCAAUUUACUUGUUCGAGGAAAAAUUGUCACUCUAGGCAUCUUCGGCUUCGAGGAAACAGUCAUCGACAAACCGAUACGUCCGAAUGAAAUUUAUAAAAUACUUUAUAACGAUAAUAUCUUCGGUCGAAGUAUAUUUCAUGCUGUGCUCCUUCAAGAAGUUCUUAUCAAUGUUUCUCUUUUCAUGAACACAUAUCCGCAAUUAUUCAAUGGUAUUCUCAAAAUUCGACUUGGAUGGAUGUUGGAAGCAAUGAAACUUGCUCUCGACUAUCUCAGAACUGAUCCGGAAGAAGUUGUGACAUUGAAUGUCAUUUCACCAAAUAAUAUCAAACAACUAUUGGAUUAUGUUUUAACUACACAACAAAGUGGGGAUAUCGAACAACGGUCAUCAUUUCAAAAACGACAAAUGGAUGGAGCAUUAUCUCGUGUUCCUGUACAUUUCUAUGAGCACGUUUGGUCGAUACUCGAACGUACACCCGGAGGAAUCAAACUAUGUGGUAUUUUGUUACCACAGCAACCAACAUUAUCGGAUAUGACCGAUUAUGAAUUGAACUUUUCAUUGAAAAUUGAAGAGAUGCUUAGUUUGAUCGCUGAUCCAGCAUACCGUUGUCUUGUUGUCGAAAUGUUCGAAGCGGUCAAUGUACUUCUUAAUCGGAACGAAGAAUUGCGAUUUUUUCGACCAUUAGAUGUUGAUUAUCUCAUCAGUGAAGCGGUUAAAUUAUUCGUUCAACAAACCACUUCAGAAAAUCCUUAUCCAGACUUUUACAAUCUUCCAAUUACUCUUGUCGGUGGCUCGACUGGCUAUAUGAUUCGAGUUAUUAUCAACUACCUAUUCAACGCUACUGCUCAGCCAUCAGACACUCCAAAUCUCGAUGUGAGUGCGCACAGAGAUAUAUGCAAAAUUUCAUAG